AUGGAUGAAGGGACUAUGAUAAUUGAGAAGAGGUUAUUCUGUAAAAGAGUUCUACUUCUACUUGAUGAUGUUGACAAAAGGAUUCAACUGGAUGCUCUCCUGGGGAAGCGAAAAUGUUUUGGCAAAGGAAGCAAGCUUAUCAUUACCACCAGAAACAAUGAUGUUCUUCAUGAGCCGAAAGUUGAUUGGACUUAUGAACUUCCCUGCGUGGAUUUUGACCAUUCUCUGCAACUUUUCAGCAGACAUGCAUUUAGAAGAGAUUAUCCUUUGGAGGAAUUCCUCCCUUACUCCAUAAAAGCCGUGAACAUUAGUGGCGGUCUACCUCUGACUCUGGAGGUUAUGGGUUCACUUUUAUCUGGAAAAAGCAAAGCACAAUGGGAUAUCACAUUAAAGAAGCUGGAAACAGUUCUUCAUUAG